AUGUCAAAUCAAGUAAUCAAAACAUUUAGCAAUCAAUACAAGUUACCAAGAUUACCCAUUCCUUCAUUAGAAGAGAGUACAACAAAAUAUUUAAAUUCACUUAAACCUCUUCUUUCUUUUGAAGAAUUUGAGUAUACUAAACAACAUGUAAAGGAUUUUAUUAAACCUGGUGGACUUGGACAAAAAUUACAUCAGCGAUUAAUCGAUAUUGAUCGAAUUUCUCCAUAUAAUUGGCUUGAUGAUACCUGGUGGAUAAAAAAAGCUUAUCUUGAAUGGAGAGCUCCAGUAAUAAUUAAUUCAAACUGGUAUCUUUUAUUGAUUGAUGAUCCAAAUACUCCAGAAGAAUACUUUACAAAUAAUAAUGAAAUUUGUCUAAAAGGACAAUUUUCUAAAUGGCAAAUCAAAAGAGCUGCUCAUUUAAUUGAAAAAAUGUUAGAAUAUAAAAAUUUAAUUGAUACAGAAAGCAUUCCUCCAGACAUUACACGUACAUAUCCUUUAUGUAUGCAUCAAUAUACACGUUGUUAUGGUAUUACUCGUAUACCAAAACUUAAUUGUGAUGAAUUAAUAUAUACUCCACAUCCUGCUCCUGCUAAACAUAUUCUUGUUAUUAUAAAAGAUCAGUUUUAUAUUUUGAAUGGUUAUGAUAAAGAUGGACAAAGGUAUACUGAUGGAGAUAUUGAAAUUCAACUUCAUCAAAUAGUUGAUGAUGUUUUAAAAGUACAACUUGAUCCUCCAAUUGGAGUGCUUACAGCUGAUGAUCAAACUUUAACAUUAAUUGAAAAUGCAUUAUUUAUAAUUAAUUUGGAUGAUUAUUCAACGGGAAUGGGUUUUGAUAAAUUUAGUCAAAAUAUGUUUCAUGGAUUAAACGCUCAUAAUCGUUGGUUUGAUAAAGCAAUGUCUAUUGCAAUAGAAAAUAAUGGACGUGCAGCUAUGAAUGGAGAACAUUCACCUUGUGAUGCUCUUAUACCUUCAAUUAUUUUUCAAUGGAUUGGUCUUGAACCAACUUUACCAAAUGCAUCAGUUUCAGGACGUUCAAUUAUUUCACCAAAAAGAAUUAGAUUUACAAUAAAUGAACAAACAUUAAAAGAUAUUUUUGAAGCACAAAAAAGAAUUGAUCCUAUAAUUGUUGAUUCUGAUAUUGUUAUAUUACAAUUUUCAGAAUAUGGUAUUCAAUUUAUUAAAAAAAUUGCAAAAUGUUCACCAGAUGCAUAUAUACAAAUGGUAUUACAAUUAGCAUAUUUUAAAACACAUCAAAAAGUUGUUCCAACUUAUGAAACUGGAUCAACUCGACAAUUUUUACAUGGACGUACUGAUACAAUUAGAACACUUAGUUUAGAAAGUAAAGCAUUUGUUGAAGGAAUGGAAAAUAAAUCAUUAACUGUACAACAAAAAUAUAAUUUAUUACAAGCAGCAACAAAGGCACAUAGUAUUUAUUCACAAGAUGUUUCUAAUGGUAAAGGUUGUGAUCGUUAUUUAUUAGGAUUAAAACUUUUACUUCAAAAAGAUGAAUCUCAUCCAAUAUUUACAGAAACAAUUUUUAUUAAAAGUCAAGAAUGGAUUUUAAGUACAAGUGGUCUUAAUUCUGGUGAUAAAUUAAAUGGUACUGGUUUUGGAUGUGUUUAUCCUAAUGGAUAUGGUAUUAAUUAUCUUUCUGGAGAAUAUUUAUUAAAGUUUGGUAUAGAGUCCAAAUAUUCUUCUUCUGAAACAGAUUCAAAUGCAUUUAAGCAAAAUAUUAUUAAUGCAUUAAAAGAUAUGAAAGAUAUUUGUGAACAAAUAAAUAGUAAUUAUGAAAAAGAAGAUAGAUUAUAA